AUGCCUUCGGGUUGGGCGAAGUGGCGCAAGAAUUACGCCUCCCAUCCCCGUGGCAUGAACAUGCCAAAACUUGCGCAUCUCGUUUCAACCCAUGCGCCUGGACGGUCAUUCUCUCACCUUUCCUGUAACACUCGGGUUGCCGGAUUUUCAAAAAGAAAGUCACUUGAUCUGCGGGACGGCUGGAAUGAGAGAGGAGACGGCGCUUUACAGGAGCGUAACUCGUCCCUCUUCAUUAAAUUCCAGUUUUCACCAUUGCCAUUUGCAUGUUUUCGAGCAGCCACCUCCGUCAGAGUUGCUUCGGCGGCAUUGCCUGGUAUCGGCCGCUUACUAACUCCAAGGACCUGCCAUGUGUGA